AUGUGGACUUGAUGAUGGACUUUGUGAACGAGGUCGUAAUGGUGGUGUUGGUGGCUUAUGUCUUACAAUAUCGGACGGUCUGUAA